AUAAGACUCUUGACCGUCUGGUACACGUGCCCGCUCAACGUGGCCCUCCUGCUGAACAACGCAGAGGUGUGGCAUCUCACACGGAUCAAGUGCAAAUCUGUAGGAGACAAGCCAGCCUUCUUGGACUAUUUCAGAGUACAGCAUCUGCAGAUGCUGUCUGUGUCAUACACCUUGUGGCUGUCUGGCCAGACACAUGACAUCAUAAUGGGGAGGGACGUGGGUGCACCUUACUACAAAGAGGCCAGGCUUGGGAUCAUCCACAGCUCAGUGCUGCUGGGAGAAUCCAAUGUGAAGGCCUAUACCAUUCAAACCAAUAUAGACAGCAAUGAGUCCUCCCUUCCCCAGAUCUCUAAAGUCAAGCUACCAGAGACUUCCUGUAUAUUUGUAACUUUUAUAUACUAA